UCCAUCUCACUCUCGCUCACUCCUCUUCAGUUCUUAUCCGGAGUAUUCCGAUCCAACUCUCUCCGCUCGCACGCAGCCGCCGCAGACCUCCUCUCGGGAAGAAAAAUUCCCCACCUCUCCUCCCUUUCCCCUCCUCGUCCCCGCCGCUUCGCCAUGGCCGACGAGCAGGUCGCCAAGCCGGCGAGCCUCCCGCCAUAUCCCGAGAUGAUACUGGCUGCCAUCGCGGCGCUCAACGACAAGAACGGGUCGAACAAGUCCGCCAUCUCCAAGCACAUCGAGGGCAAGUACGGCGACCUCCCCAAGGAGCACGCUGCGCUGCUGACGGCGCAUCUGGUGCGCAUGAAGGAGUCCGGCCAGCUCCUCUUCCUCAAGAACAACUACUUCCGCACCGACGCGCCGGACGCCCCGCCCAAGCGGGGCCGCGGCCGCCCGCGCAAGCCCAUUGACCCCAACGCGCCGCCCAAGCCCGCCUCGCCGCGCCCCCGCGGACGCCCGGUCAAGCCCAAGGACCCCGAGGCCGAGGCCGCCAACCCGCCUAAGAAGGCCAAGACCGCUCCCGCCCCUGCCGUCGACGGAUCCGCCAAGCGCGGCCGCGGCCGUCCGCCCAAGGCGCGCCCCGCCGAGCCGGCGGCGGCCUGACUCGUCCUCCGUCCACCUGGGCGCGGCUGUCGGUUUCUCUGGAUCACCCGGGUGCUGGCUGGUUAAUCUUGUUCUGUAGUGCUUAAUAAUUGUCGGUCGCUCUCUUUAAUUGUAGUGGUACUUAAUUGCCGGGAUCGCCGUGUCGUGAUUAGGAGGGUUUAAUGUGUCGUCGUCGCCAUUGCUGUCGUGGUCGUAGCGCUGCCGCCGUUGUUGUAACCUAAGGUUGAUUAGGAUGUUGAGUGUGCUGAUUGUUCAGCUAAUGUGGAUCUAUUUGUACAAUCGGUGGAUGGAUUAACUGUGUCGGUUAGUCAUGGUGUUCAUGUCCUCCUCUA